UUCGCCUGGACCGCAACUCAAGUGUGCUACACAGUACAGUGUCCUCAAAAUCCGCCAACGCCCACAGACUGUUUCAAACCUAUCGGUUAUGCCGGCUCUGCCUUUGCAAAAACUCAUGGACCUAACCCUGCGUUUACGCCGACAGCAAAAAUUCCGGUCGUAUACCAAUACCUCAGUCCAAACAACGAAAAAUUAUAUGUCGGCAAAAAAAAAAUUGGUGGAAGCGGUGAAGAAGAAAAGUUACGGCAUUUACAACUAAACUGA